AUGACCUCCCCCGAGCCAUCCUCUCAAGCGAGCAAAACUAAUAUGACACAGCAACAACAGCGGACAUGGGUCCUCCGUGUGGUCUUUGUCGUUUGCUUGCUCUUUUCGGCCGCUUUUUGCGGAGUGGUCAGUUAUUGGGUAGUGGACGACCUCGAGCAGUCGGUGGGAAUGCAAACGUACGAGUCUGUGGCCAGUAGUGCCUUGCAGAAUGCCAAGGCCAUUACGUUGCGCAAAGUUCAAGGCGGAGAAGUCAUGGCCAGCGUCAUGAAGUACGCCUUUCCCGAUUCUUCCCAGUGGCCCAUGGUCUCCUUGGAUGGAUACGUCGAAAUUGCCAGCAAAAUUGCCAAAUUAUCAUCCUCCUUGACCCUCGCUGUCAACGUCUUUGUCCAACCCGCACAAGUCGAUGCUUUCCAUGAACACGCCAAGCAGGUCUACGAAGAACAGGGGUAUCCGGAAGGGGCCGGUGUGAGUGACUUUGGAUUUGGUACUUGGAAACCGGAUCAGAGCGAAGAACCCGCCUAUCCAGAUAGAAGACUCCCGGAUGUUACAGGAGAAACAACCUAUGACAGCCCAAACAAUAUUCUUAUACCCAUAUUUUUACACAACAAUGUCAAUGCUACCUCCUUGCUAUUAAAUGUUCACUCUCGCGUCUUUCAGGGAGUGGCCACUGACAGCAUGCUGGAAUGUGCGCAACAACACGAUGCCACCAAUACUAAUAAGGAAGAACCCGUGUGUACCAUGGUGACAGACUUUUUGGAAUUGAUUAUUCGGCCAGGACCAGCGGCUAUUAUUUACAACCCUGUCUUUGCCAAGAAUGACCCCAACACCAUGGUCGCCAUUACAGGGACUACCAUUCACUGGGAAGAAGUUUUGACAUCAGUCGUACCCGACUAUGUUGAUGGAUUGGAUUGUGUCGUGUCCACAGACACAGAAUCUUACACCUUUGUAAUUGAUAACGGACAACCGAGAUUGGUGGGAAAAGGGGAUCAUCACGAUCCGCAGUAUGAACACAUGGGUCGUUCGGAGGUUCUAAACGACUUUGGAACGGAGGCAAGCGCCUCCAAGACAUUCACUCUCACUGUUUACCCUACCAAUGCCAUGCUCGAUGAGUUCAGAACCAAUAGUCCUACGGCUAUUGCCAUGGGAUUUGUUGGUGUGAUUCUUUUCUGUGCUGCACUGUUCUUCUCCUACGAUUUCUUCAUGAGGGGAGAGUCCCGCCAUCAAAAGGCUGUCUUGGAAAUCAAGCGACGUUUCGUGCGGUUCGUAUCGCAUGAGAUUCGAACGCCGCUGAACACGGUGUGCAUGGGACUCGAGCUGUUACGCUCAGAGCUGGACGCUCAAAUGGAUGCGACGGAAGAAGAAAGGGAAAAACCACCCGACAACCUUAAAGAAGUAACCUCCGCAGCCGUAAACGACGGGGGGUCUUCUUCUCUUCGUGAUACCCUCAAGUAUAUGAUGGACUUGACUGGAGAUAUACUCGACAAUUCUGAAAGUGCCGUCGCCAUCCUCAACGAUUUGCUGAACUACGAUAAGAUUGAGACGGGAAGUUUUCAACUGGAAGUUGGAAUUGUGCCGAUUUGGGAGCUUGUGCGAAAAUCAGUGUCGGCAUUUGAUAUCCAAGCGCGAAAACGAAACGUGGCACUGAACUUCACUCUGGAACAACACGAGGUAAUCCAAAACAAUGACAACAAUUCAGCACCUGGUAACGGGGAGAACAACGAUGUUGAAAAGGCCAAAACUCCGGACUUGAACAUGCUAAAUGUCAUUGGAGAUGACAUGCGACUGCGGCAAGUUAUUCUCAACCUCGUGUCAAACGCGUUGAAAUUUGUUGAAGAAAACAAUGGUGUAAUCGAUGUCAAGGCGUCAUUCGUUGCAGGAGGACUGCCUGGUGACAGACCACUAUACACGAGCAAAGAUGGCGGCGGACAACAAGCAGAACCAAUCUCGUAUCCACGGGAGGGCGCGGUCAAAGUCUCUGUACGGGACAACGGAGAGGGAAUGACAGCUGAGCAGUUACAUCUUCUCUUCAGAGAGGGGGUGCAGUUUGAUGCGAACAAGCUCCAGGCUGGAGGAGGUAGUGGUUUGGGACUGUACAUAACCAAGGGACUGAUCGAGCAACAUGGAGGUGUGAUUCGUGUCGAGUCGCCUGGUCGGGGGCAUGGUACAACUUUCACCGUUUUUCUCCCCUUAUACCACUGCCAGUCACCUACAGAACCGGAUCGGAGCUCUAGCACAGCUGACACAAAUGGAUCGAUCGCGCCGGGUGUUAAGGACGCCAAUGACAGUGCUGAUAAAAAGGCUUCGUCCUCACCUCCGAGGGAUUCUCUGCGAAAAGAGAGUCGUUAUAUACUAGUUGUGGAUGAUGCAGCAAUGAAUCGUAAGAUGCUGAUUCGGCUAUUGCAACGGGCUGGACACACAUGCGAUUCGGCGGCAAACGGCCAGGAAGCAGUAGAUGCUGUUCUGGCAGACCAAGAAAGGAUAAAAGCGGAUGAGGGGCACACUCCGUUCGACACCAUUCUGAUGGACUUUGAAAUGCCGGUACUCAAUGGUCCGGAUGCCACCAAAGUGAUUCGAUCUCACGGCUGCGAUGCAUUUAUUGUUGGGGUCACUGGCAAUGUUCUCCUCGAAGAUGUCAAUUACUUCAAGUCGAAAGGUGCUGACCAUGUGCUGGCCAAGCCCCUGAAGGUUACGGAACUCAACGAGGCGUGGGUCAAGUUCAAGCGCUAG